AAUCUGCAAUGGCGGCUUAUUAUUCUUCCUUCCUUGUAACUGCUUUCAUUCUCUUCCCUUUAGCCUUUGCUACCAACUCGCCGCCCCUUCCCCCCUUCAAACGCAUCUACCAGUUUGGCAAUUCCAUCUCCGACACCGGAAACCUACUACGCCUCCCCGGAGCAACUAUGCAUUACCCCGCCUACCGCCUACCUUACGGCGAAACCUUCUUCCAUAAAGCCACAGGUCGCUUCUCUAACGGUCGCCUCAUCGUCGACUUCAUCGCCACCGCCCUCAAGCUCCCGUUCCUCGACGCUUACCUGGACUCCAAUGGCUCAUUCGCUCAGGGCGUUAAUUUCGCCGUCGCCGGAGCGACGGCGCUCGACGUAGGGUUUUUCUCAGAGAGGAACAUUAGCACCUCCAAUUCCAAACCGCCGAUCAGCACGCAAUUGGAGUGGUUCGAAACGCAUCUCAAAUCUGCAUUCCAGACACGCGCUGCACGCUCGAACUGCUUCGAGAAUUCGCUUUUCAUUUUCGGAGAAUUUGGCGGGAACGACUACUUCCCCUUCUUCCGCAAAGGAUGGUCCGUUGAAGAGGUUAGGACUCUCGUCCCUCACGUCGUCGCUGCAAUUAUUCACGGAAUUAAACGGAUCGUCCAGCUCGGAGCAAAGCGGAUCCUCGUUCCCGGCCCGUUCCCGUUCGGAUGCUUGCCGUCUCAACUCGCCUCUUCAAACUCCUCCGAUCCGUCCGAUUACGACGGCCUCGGAUGCCUGAAAUCGUUCAACGCUUUCAGUUCCUACCACAACCGCUUUCUAAGACGCGCUCUGUCGAUACUCAAUCGAGAAGUCUCCGGCGACGGCGUUGUGAUCGUUUACGCCGACUACGAAGGCGCUUUCCUGGAAAUUCUCCGGAAAUCAUCUUCAUACGGAUUCGAUAAGGAGUGGUUGCACAAAGCCUGCUGCGGAGCGAGCGGGGAGAAGUAUCGUUAUGACUACUCCAAACCUUGCGGAACCAAUGGCACUGACGUAUGCCCUCGCCCUGCUCACGCCAUGCAUUGGGACGGCGUUCAUCUUACCGAUGCAUCUUAUCAUCGUAUUUCUCAGAUUAUCAUUCGUCAGUCCAUAACUAAGCUGAAGAUCUAGGUGUUAGUAAGAUGGAUUUAGUUAUAAAUCUAAUCUAAAAUAUUAUACGUGUGAAUUCAAAUUAUGUCUUAACCUUUGUCAGUUUAUUGUUUUAAUAUGUAAAUACUAAAAUAAAUAUUGUUUUUGGGUGGUGAAUGGGCUACCCCACCGGAGUCCAACUUGUAACUUGUGAGGUAACCCAACCAAGAUGAUUAAGGAUAAAACUUGUAAUUACAAAGUUACAAGUUUAAAUUUCAGUUCUCUUAGUUUGAGCUGGUCAACAAUGGGUAAGAUAUGUUGGUUUAUUUCUUUGUGAUAAUUUACCGGCUAAAGUCACAAGACACCAUCGGAUAGUGGUUACA